GCGCAUGCGCACACCUGGCGGGCGGAGGGCGGCCACCAGCGACUGGAAAGAUUUGGGUGAGAAAGUGCGCGGGAGCUGGGCGGGGGAACGCGAGCGCGCAGGCGCGGCCGGAGGUGGGCGCAUCGACCGGAAUCUCGGCGAGCCUCAGUCCGCGUUGCAUCCCUAGCCCACUGCUAUGGCUGCCUACAAGCUGGUGCUGAUCCGGCACGGCGAGAGCGCCUGGAACCUGGAGAACCGCUUCAGCGGUUGGUACGAUGCCGACCUGAGCCCGGCGGGCCACGAGGAGGCGAAGCGCGGCGGGCAGGCGCUGCGAGAUGCUGGCUAUGAAUUUGACAUCUGCUUCACCUCAGUGCAGAAAAGAGCAAUCCGGACCCUCUGGACAGUGCUGGAUGCCAUUGACCAGAUGUGGCUGCCAGUGGUGAGGACUUGGCGCCUCAAUGAGCGGCACUAUGGGGGUCUCACUGGCCUCAAUAAAGCAGAAACUGCUGCAAAGCAUGGUGAGGCCCAGGUAAAGAUCUGGAGGCGCUCCUAUGAUGUCCCACCACCUCCAAUGGAGCCUGAUCAUCCCUUCUACAGCAACAUCAGUAAGGAUCGCAGGUAUGCCGAUCUUACUGAGGAUCAGCUACCCUCCUGUGAGAGUCUGAAGGACACUAUUGCCAGAGCACUGCCCUUCUGGAAUGAAGAAAUCGUCCCCCAGAUCAAGGAGGGGAAAAGGGUCCUGAUUGCAGCCCAUGGCAACAGCCUUCGAGGCAUUGUCAAGCAUCUGGAGGGUCUGUCUGAAGAGGCCAUCAUGGAGCUGAACCUGCCAACUGGUAUUCCCAUUGUCUAUGAAUUGGACAAGAACUUGAAGCCCAUCAAGCCCAUGCAAUUCCUGGGGGAUGAAGAGACUGUGCGUAAAGCCAUGGAAGCUGUGGCUGCCCAGGGCAAGGCCAAGAAGUGAAGGCCAGCCAGCUGACUGUACCCCAAGAAGCACCCUCCCUGCCCAUUAGUUCCUCUGCACCUCUCACAAUGACCACAUCUGUAGGAUCUUAAGUUGUAGCUGCAGAUGGGUAUUGGUGGCUCUCAUUUGCAUUUUUUAGCAUUUUGUCUCCUGCACCCACUCUCUUCAUAGGAUCUAGGCAGAACAGCACCUCUGGGGCACAGGUUUGUAGUCUGAGCCAGGGAAAGCUCUUCUUAUCCAGGAGAGUUGAGAUAAUAAUUCCAGUUUUUCCUAGAGCUUUACCUACUAAGGACCUGCUUGAGGUAGGGGCUUAGGGAGGAACAAUGCUGAGGCAUGACCAGUAAGAAGCCAGAGAGCCCACUCAUGUUCCUAUAGAAGAUAGUCCUGUGCUCUUACAAUUAUAACUGUCUGGGGGUUCUAGUCUUUCCCAUGGAAAAAUGAAUGUAACCUGCAUGGUGACUUAACUUUCUCCUCCCUGAGCCCAGAGUUACUGGCUCCAAAAGAUUGGGAUCAAUCCUGAAUUAUGUUUAUGUGUUACUUUUACAAAAAAAGAUUUACAUAUAUACAUAUAAAUAAUACUGGUAAAAAACCCUUCUAGGGUUCCUAGUGGCGGUUGAAAUAGUCCCAUAUGUGGUCACCAGAAGAUAAGUCAUUCCUCACACCAAUAUGGGAUAAACUCCUUUGGUCUCUAAGGGGCAGGAGUGCCUCUUAUAAUCCCUCUGUGUGUACUUAGAAUCCCUCCACUGUCUUGUUUUGUGGCAGUGAAAAGCCUCUUGAUCAUGUAAUGUCCAGUGUGUCUUUCACUGUGUCUGAUUUCCAAGUCAUGUUCCAGUUGCUUGGCUAUGCCACAUGGGUCCGGUACUCAUUUUGAGCAUAACUGUACUAAAUCUUUUUUUCCAGAUCAGUAUAAUAAAGGAGUGAUGU